GAAGUGAAUGGCGCUGAUGGCUGGGUCCCAGUGGCAUCAUCUCACCGCGCCCGCUUUCCUCGGUCCACAGGUGUUGUCCCCUUGCUGUUGAUGAUCCACUGCAGAUUGGUGGUUGGCAAGGCACUGCCGGUGAACACCCCCAGCCCCAUGUGCGAGAACACGCAUGUGUGCAAACCCAACGUGGCUGAGCAGACCCGGAAGCUAGUGGUGCUGCUCAAUGCGACGGCUCAGGAUCUCUUCAGCAUCUAUCUGGACUGCCAGGGCGACCCAUUCAGCAGCCACCUGGAUGAACUCUGCAACGCCAAUGGAACCAACUUCCCUGACUUCGACGUGAACCGAACCAGCCAUAAGAAGGAGAUCAUGGUGGCCUUGUACAAGGUCUUUGCCUUCCUGAACGCCUCGCUGGGCAACAUCACCAGGGACCAGGAAGAGCUUAACCCCACGGCCAAGGAGCUGCGGGAGCGGCUCCAGAACACCACCAAGACCACGCGGGGACUGAUCUCCAACCUGACCUGCCUGCUGUGCACCAACUACAAGGUCUCCCAGGUGGACGUCACCUACGGCAAGAGCAGUAAGGGCAUGACCGUCUUCAAGAAGAAGCAGCAGGGCUGCCAGGUGCUGAGGAGGUACGUGCAGGUCGUCUCCCAGGCGGCACAGGUCCUGCUACCUCACCUCUCGCAGGCAUGAGCUGCCAGACAGACGGACCCUGCCACUCCCCCAGGGCCUGUUGAGCCCAACUGCGGAGGGAUCAGUGCAGCACGGCUGAGGUGAGCAGGAGUCUGAGUCAGGGGCAUCUGAGAGGGCACAUGACAACCAGCUACAUACUCCGGAGGGCAAGGAGGCGGGAUUGCCCUUUGGUCAGCCCUCUUGGUUUGGAAAGCCCCUGACCUUUAAGACACUCAGCUUUCAGGGAAUUCAUCCAUCCAGUGGGGCUGCAGUGGCCCCCUGGUGUGGGACUAGCUCCCCCUUGACAUCCGCCUCCAUCAAGCCCUCUGCACUUGCCCAGGGCACCUCUGGACUCUUCCUUCAUGGGUGGUCUAUUAUUAAUAAGCCUUGUUUGCUUCCUAUUUAUUAUCUCCCCCAAUCCCUUUUGUAAUAUUGCUCCCCCAGCGCCGUUAUUUAUUUGAAUGUUAAUGAGGGUGAGUUCUAUCAUGUUUGUCUGGUAUUUUAAUUGUGUCUUUAUGACGCUGUUCAGUGCCCAAGUGCCUUAGGGAUAGGGCGCGUUAUAAAUUACCUGAAUUAUUAGUCUGUGGGAGGCCAAAUGGGCUGGAAUUGAGACAAAGGACGGUUUGGGCAGAAGACCAAGGAAUGAUGGCCCAGCACUGAGAUGCGCCAGGCUGCAGACCAGUCUGGCAAUGGCCCUCGUGGAUGCACCAUUGCUUGGGUUGCUGAAAAGCAGGCUGGGGAAAGCAUGAGGGAAGGACACUGCCGAAGCCCCAGCAAGAUGGAUUGGGUAGCUCUUGUCCAUCUCUGGGCCACCCUUUCCUCUGACUUCAAUGGGGAAAUGAGCGGAGAGUUUAGUCCUUUGAUUUUAGGAGGUUCUGCACUGCAGCUGGGAGUUAGGUUUCACUGCUUCUUCUUUGUCCCUCUCCAGCCCCCUCUGCACUUGGGGCCUUUUUUAAUCUUGAUUAGAAACAAAGCUUUAGAACUGCUGGAGCACUAGACCUGUCGCAGGAUCCCAGGUGCUCUGUGAGACACACCUCACGUACGGGUAUAAAAUCACCAGUGGCAGGGAUUUAAGAACAGGGUCUGCUCCGCUGAGUCCAGGUUCUGCAGUAAUGGGCGCCCUACAAGUAUUCCACUCCAGCCUAGAAUCUGACUCUUUGGAGAGUAUCCCAUGGGUUGGGCAAACUGUGGUAUGCCCUUCUGUGAACCUGAGCUGAGGUCACACAGCUGCUGCAAAGUCCACACAUUCAGGGCUGGCAUUAGGGGGUAGCAAGGAGGGCAAUUGCCCGGGGCCCUACGCCACAGGGGGCCCCACAUGGUGGGGCUUGGGCUUCACCUUCCGAAAUGUUGCAGCAAUCCAGUGUGUGAGCAGGUAAGGAAGGUGGGAUAGGAGCCCACUCCUUAGUUUCUGUCCUGGGCCCCAGCGAGUCUAACACCGUUCCUGCACACAUUGUCUUUGUGAACGCCAGUGUGAGACUCGGCCUUGCUCAGAGUUAACUGAGGAGAAUGUCUCAGAGAGCAGGUCCAAAGCCCAUUGAAAUCCAUAGGAAUCUUUAAUGGCUUCAGCUCAGGCCAGGAGGCUGAGAUUUUCCAGGUUGAACUAAGGACAACCAAUGAAAAUGGCUUUGAUAAUCCCAUCCUGGCCUCUCCAGUCACACAGGCUUCCCCUUGCACCCACACGGAAAGGGAACGCCGCUCAGAUCGCUCUCUGUCCUGGCUCCCCUUUGUGCACUAUGCGCCACAUGGCGAAUGCAGUCUUGCAGGCUACUGGAUUCAUUUUCAAAGUGGCAGCCUUUCUAUCAUGGGGAUGAAUCAUUCGGGGAAAGGCCUUGGGGUGCUUUAAAACCAGUGAAUGAGUUUUCUCACAAAAAUUUCAUUUAAAACAGAAACCAAAACUCCCUAUCAAACUCAGUACCAACUUCCACCAUGGCAGAUGCUUGGUUUUUGAGAUGCUUUUCCUCUUUGUGGAGGAAGAGGGUCUGUUUCUAAAGAAAGAUAUCAAAAGAUGAGUUACUGGAAAACCAGAACCAUUUAACUCAUUCUCCCCAUCACACUCCUCCAAAAAAAAGUGUCUGGGAUCAGAUAAAAUGAGACCUGGAUUUGAACUACCAGGAUCUUGACAAAACUUUUCAAAAUCUACAGCAGCCCUAGUUUUGCCCAUCUCUAUAAGAUACUCUGAGAGCAUCCAAAAGGAGCUAAAGGACACAGCUGACCUGUGUGAUCUUCAGCUCAAGAUUGGGUGUCCUUUUAAAAGAUCUCCUCUAGUUCAACCUCAAGUAAUUGGGGUCAAUGCUGGAUGAAUCAGCUGGCCUGUGUUAGGCAGGAGGUCAGAUUAGAUGAUCAUAACAGUCUCUUCUAGACUUAAAAUCUAGGAUGGUGAAUUUCUUAUUUAUGGCCCAUAACAAUUAGAAGUGGGGAGUUGGACAGAAACAUUGCACUAUCUGAGCAAUCUUGUAAACUCCCAUCUAUUUGUAUUUCCUUGUUGUUACUUGCACACAGUAUUAAGGCACUUGUCAGGUGAGUGAAAGGUGUGGUUACUCUGAAGCAGACAUGCUUUCUCUUCUGCACUGGUAUCUUCCAUGCAGCUGGCUCUGCAAAUUUGACUAUUUACUAUGCAUCGCUUGGACUGUUAAACCGGAAUGAUGAGAAAGGCACUCAAAUUGAAGGGCAGUUGCAAAGGGUGGAUGAUUUAGUUGGGGUUGGUCCUGCUUUGAGCAGGGGGUUGGACUAGAUACCUCCUGAGGUCUCUUCCAACCCUGAGACUCUCUGAUUCUAUGUGGGGGAGGGUGGGCAUUGAAGUGCUGGUUGGCCAGCUACUAUUUUGGAUCAUUCUCCCCAAACCCCAAGCAGCUGGGGACAGAACCCAUAGUUUAAAAGGCUCAAAUAUCACUGAUUUUGUUAAAUCUUCACUUACGUUUUCAGUGACUUCACCCCUGUAGUGAGGAAAAGGGCUUUUCUCAUCAUGAAGGCAAAAGGGGGCUCAGGACCCCGUGAAUGUAAUUAAUAGUCCUUAUAAAGGGAUGAGUGAUUGGAAUGUCUCAAGGGGAAGACAAUAGUGCUGGUUCUCUCGAGGCAGCCGGGCUCUGGUGCCCUUAUAGCAAGCACCUUCCUCCAGCAUGUCAGUGGCCCCCUUGUAGAGUUAGAAGCUGACCAGCGCGGGUAAAUCUGGCAACCUUGGUUCCCCUUUUACUCUAGUGUAAAUCAGCAGUGACACCAGUUCAAGUAGGGUAAGUGCGAGGGAACCAGGUCUCUUUGCUAACUGACCUCCAUCGUCUCCCUGAUGCAGACAAGGUUUGUGUUCUCAUUCACCUCGUUUACAGAUGGUGAAACUGAGGCAGCACAAUUUCAACCUCUGCUUUUGGGAGUCCGACUUGAGACACCGAGAGUCUGAUUUUCAGAGGUACUGGAACACAAGCGCAACUCCAGAUGAAGUCAGGGGAUUGCCACCACCUCUGAAAAUCAGGGCCGGGUGCCUCCGGCUGGGCACAAGUAUCUUUAAUUCUAACCCCCUCCAUCAAAGUGCACUUUAAAGGCUGUAUCACAAGUAUUCUUACACUGACAGAUGAAUACUGUAUCCAGACCACAGAAGUAGCUGUCUAGUAGAUUCAGCCCAGGGCUGGGAGUAAAGAAAACCCGAGUUCUAAUCCCAGCUCUACUGAUUUGCAUGACCUAGUUGCUGUAGCCUCUGUUUCCCCUGUUCCUUACAUUCGUUCAAAUCACAGUUUGCACCCCUGCAGUGGCUCAGACUCCACAUGGCUUUGCUGUGCAAGGGGCCAUAUCUCGCAGGGAUGUUGUGAGGCUAUUUAAUAUUUGACAUGAGUGCUAAUUACAAUGACAUGGAAAACUAUUUAUGUGCUCCACAGUGACAGGGUAGUCUGUGUGUGUUACGGUGUCUGUGUGUCUGUAAAGCCUUAUGGGAAAGUAUGCCCCAUGCCACAUGUUUGA